GCCUUCCUGUCUCUGCCUUUUUCCUUCGUAUCCAGAAACUCCCAGGGACCUUCUGUGACAAUCGCGAGCUUCCAGGGCAGCAGUGGCCCAGGCCCCUGUUGCCGAUGGAUGUCUGCAGCUGGGAACAUGUGCGGUGACUUCUGUGGGCUUCUCCAGUGCACUUGUCCCGCAGAGGGCUCCUGCCGCCUGAGCGCACAGACCCCCUCCUGCCCCUUGGGACAGCGGCGCUCUGCAGAGGACAUGGCCCCAGAGCGGCUUCCAGGGACCGACGUCACAGCGGCCACUGUUGCGAUGGGGGCCCCCGCUGGGGUGGCUGCGUGCCCACAUACCAGCACUCUGACCGCACCUUCUCCCACCUUACCCGGAAGCUCCCUUGGCCAUAAUGGCUCAGCAUGCUGGCCUCGUCCCAAGCAGCUCUGUCCCCCUGCUCAGUGUCACCCUGGAGCCGUCUCCGUGCAAGUUCCUGCUGACGCGGUGGACCCCGCUGUCUGUGGCUUCCCAGACACGGACGUUCAGGCGCUGCCCAGUCUGGGGUUCGGGGUCCAGGUGGCUUCCCAAGCAGCUCUGCAUCUGGCAGUGGAUUUCGGAGAUGGCUCUGGGGUUCAAGUGACGGUCUGCAAUGUGUCCGGGGGAAUGGCGGUCACCGCCUACCACCAAUUUGGAAAAGGAGGAGUCCACGUGCUCCGGGCAUUUAUCUACGAGUUCUGUGGAACUGAAAAGGAGCUGGGGCCUUACUUUGUGGAGGUCGGCCCUGCGACCGUGUCCGUGUUCAUGAAUUCCAGCAGCAUCCACAAGGACGAGCUUCUCAUCUUUGCCGGCCCCGGCGUGGGUCAGGAAGGCUCCGUUGUCUUGCAUCGAUUUCCAGCCAGCCCCUCGAGCAACGUGACCUUCACAUCUCAGAUCCGAGCAGGGGGUGGCCAGGCGUGGGACCGCGUGACCGUCCGGUAUCACAUGCAGCCCAUCUCUGUCUACACACACGGAACCAUGUUUGCCACCGACGCCCACAUCACUUUUCUGGCUGUUACCGAGGAAACGACCCCCCUGGAGUUCAUGUGGUCAUUUGGAGAAGGUCCAGCCGUGAGGACAACGUCCAGAAGCAUUAAGAAAAGACUCGGUGUCCCCCAGUGGUACAACGUGACGGUGCGGGCCACCAGCGGGCUGGGCAGCGUGGCCUCGGAGCCCCGCCGCAUCAGGACGCAGAGGAGAAUUGUUGCCAAUCGGCUCGCGUCCCCCUCCUCAGCUCUGCUGAACACCAGUGUGACGUUUGAAUUCAGGCUCAACUUUGGCACCGACGUCACUUUCCUGUGGGACUUUGGGGACGGCACCGUGGGCCCGGGGGACAGUUCAGCCAGUCACACCUACAGCAGGGAAGGAGAGUUCACUGUCCAGGCCCUUGCCUUCAAUGACGUCAGCGCCGCCUCCCUGCGAAAGCAACUGUUCAUCGUGCGGGAGCCCUGCCAGCCACCCCCCGUGCGGAACAUGGGUCCCGGGAAGGUGCAGGUGUGGCGGUCUCAGCCUGUGACCCUGGCCGUGACGUUCGAGUCUGCGAUCCUCUGUGACAUCUCCCAAGGCCUUUCCUACACCUGGACCUUCUGGAACUCCCAGGGGUGGCCGGUGGCCCUGCCCCCCACCGUCAGCACGCACAGGCAGACGGUCACUGUCCCCAGCUACUUCCUGGCGCCCGGCAACUACACUGCUCUUGCCAGGGUCCGGGUGGAAGGCAGCGUGGUGCACAGCAGCUACAGCGUGGUGGUGGAGGUGCGAGCCCGGGCCCCCGUCAGCGUCAUCUCCGAGGGCACGCACCUGUUCCUCUCCAGAGCCCCCUCGUUCCCCGUCGUCCUCACGGGCUCCCAGUCCUACGACCCAGACCACCCGGGGGCCGUCCUCAGCUAUCACUGGAAAUGCACCGUGGCCAGCAGCCCCGGGCACUCCUGCUUCGCCGCCUCCUCGCCACGCAGCCUGGAUGCCGGGGCUCCCUCCCUUGCCUUCCCUGCAGACUCUCUCAGCGACAGCUAUGAUCAGUUUGUCGUGACGCUGACGGUGUCCAGCGCCGGCCGGAAUUCUUCAGAGGCGCAGGUGUUCCUGUCCCCUCGCCCCGACUCGGCGCUCAGGUUCGUCCACAUCUCCUGGGUCAGCUUUAAGGACGUGUUUGUUAACUGGAACGAGGAGCUUUCUCUUCGAGCCGAGUGUGACGCGUGUGGUGAAGGGCCCCACCUGUCUUAUUCCUGGGACCUCUUCCUGGUCAACGCGACCGAAAGGACCCGAAUGGAAGUCCCCUCUUGCAGAACAGUGGGGCUGCUGGGCGCUGCUGGCCUGGGGGCCAUUUCAAAGCUGCCAGAGCCCAGUCCACCAUCCAUGGAGCCGAGCCAGCUGGAGCCCCAUGCAAUGGGCACACUGUCUUCUCGGGAGCUGUCACCACAGACCCAGGCCCCACCGGUCCUCUCAGCCACCAGGAAACCCUCCUCGGGGCCCACAGUCAGCGGGCACUGGGUUCCUGCUGCAGGUGCCACCCUGCCCCAGGACCCCUGGCCUCAGGUCAGCUGCUAG